UAAACACCUACUACAAAAAUGAGCGGCAGAGGCAAAACCGGUGGCAAGGCCAGAGCAAAGGCCAAGACACGUUCAUCCAGGGCUGGACUGCAGUUCCCCGUCGGCCGUGUGCACAGGCUGCUGCGAAAAGGCAACUAUGCUCAGCGUGUCGGCGCUGGUGCACCGGUCUACUUGGCUGCUGUGCUCGAGUAUCUGACGGCUGAGAUCCUGGAGUUGGCCGGUAACGCUGCCCGUGACAACAAGAAGACCCGUAUCAUUCCCCGCCAUCUGCAGCUGGCUGUGCGGAACGACGAGGAGUUGAACAAACUGCUUGGCGGAGUGACCAUCGCUCAGGGUGGUGUGUUGCCUAACAUCCAGGCUGUUCUGCUGCCCAAGAAGACGGAGAAGUCCAAGUAAAUCAUCUCAAGACUCCAAAACAAAGGCUCUUUUAAGAGCCACCUACAUGCCUUGAAAAGAAAAUUCUAAGUUGCCUUUGGUCAUUUUUGUUAUGUCAAAAAAUGUUUCUUCACGUAGCUUACAUGUGUAAAAAGCAAUUGAACAAGAUAUCUUCUACUAGAGAUCAAUAUUUGGCCACUCCUGUUCUUCCACUUUUUAAAAUGUCAGUCGCUAAUUAGCUCCUGUUCCAGCAGACUUCUUAUGAUUGGUAAAAUAUAUUUGUCAGAGUUUUUUAUUUCUUUUCAAUUUAAUGGCUUCAGAUCAGAAUGAAUCGGCACCCAACUCACAAAUGCACACACAUGAACUACUGCAUUAUAUACGUUCUUAGUUUAUCAUUCUAGUCUGUGGGAUGUUUUUGGGGCCUCGUCAUUUGGAUGCAUUAUUUCAAUAAAA